UUGAAGCAGACCAAUAACCAUAUGAUCCGAGACAGUCUUCGGAAGGAUAAGAGCAGAAUUACUGUUAUUCUUCAAGAAAUGAAAGAAAUCAGAGAACAAAAGAAAAUGGAGAUUGGCAGACUUACAAAUAUGAUUAACCAAGCAGAGGAGGAUAUGGUUCGUCUUCGCAAAAAGUAUGAAACAGCAGUGCAGAACAGGAAUGAGAGGGGGGUGCAGUUAAUUGAGCGGGAGGAAGAGGUCUGCAUCUUCUAUGAGAAGAUAAAUGCUCAAGAAACAGUACUUCGGAAUGGAGAUGUUAGUUUGAUGGAACAAGAUGAAAAGAUCCGUUUCCUUAAGAUGAAGGCUGCAGAAAAGAAGAGACAGAUUGAACAAGUCAAGAAAGAGCUACCAAAUAAGAGGAACCUGGAAUCCGAUCUAGUGAUCCUCCAGAUCCAGGUCAGUGGGACCAGUAUUUAG